AUGGGGUCCAACCCAGGCAUGCUCUACGUUACCAUGCAGCCCAAGCCGGGCCUGUCCCUCGACCAGUUCCACGAGUGGUAUAACAACGAGCAUGGUCCCAUCCGCCUUCGUCUCCCACAAAUCUUCACCAACGGCCUUCGCUACGCCGCCACAGACUCCCAGGAGCCGCACUUCCUCGCCGCCUACGACGUCACGUCCAUGUCCCACCUCGACACCCCGACAUAUACCUCCCUGCGCGAGAACAGAAGCCCACGAGAGGCAGAGACAAUCGGUCAGGUCGCCGUCAGCCGCUACUUCUACGACCUGGUGUCGGAGCGGAAGUCACCCCAGUUCCGGCCCAUCGAGCAGCUCACAGACUCCGAGGCAGAGGGUCAGGUCCUGAUUGCUGUCGAGAACACCCUCACGGCCCUUGAGGGCGCCGAGCAGGCUCUGGACAAGUGGUACGAGGAGGAGCACAUCCCGAUGUUGUCCAAGGUGCCUGGGUGGCUGCGCACCCGCCGCUUCAGGACGGCAACCAGCCUGGACAAGAACGCACCACUCAAGUUCCUCAUCUUGCACGAGUACACGAAGGAGAAUGGGCUCGGAGGGCCUGAGUACAAGGCCGCCACAAGCACCAAGUGGAGGGAGGAUAUCUUCGCGAAGGUCAUCGGCAACAAGCACAGGAGGGCCUACUCUCUGUUCUACGUGUUUGGCCCUGGUCCCAGGGAUCUGAGUUCUCUCGCCACGCUUCCUGCCGAGAAGGCCUUCGUAUCAUCAGAUGCAAAGACGAAGACGACUCCUCACGAUGGGAAGCCGGUCCUGCAGUCACACAUCAACGCCAAGGACGGCCUCACCAUUCCAUACCGCCUUGAAGGAAAUGCCGACCCCAAGGCCCCCACAGUCGCCUUUUGCAACUCGCUGCUGACCUCAUUGCACAUGUGGGAUGACUUCAUUGACAUCUUGAAGGAGGCUCGUCCCGAUCUCCGCAUACUGCGGUACGACUUCCGAGGGCGCCAUUCGGUCCCGGAGCCGCCCGUCCCGUCGACCCUCGAUAUCCUCUCAGACGAUCUCGCCACCCUCUUAUCGGGGCUUCGAAUCGAGAAGCUGCACGCCUUGGUCGGCGUUAGCAUGGGCGGCGCUACCACCCUCCAGUUCGCGCUCAAAUACCCGGACAAGCUCUCCAAAUUCGUAGCAUGUGACUUCAACGUGGCCAGCUCCGAUGCCAACACGCGAGCCUGGAAGGACCGCAUCGCCGUAGCAGAGUCCAUCGGCGAGGACGGCACCCCGGGCAUCAAGAAGUUGGCGGCCGCGACAGUCGAGCGCUGGUUCCACCCGAACACCAUGACGGCCAAGACCAACGUCGCAAGCUGGAUGACCGAGAUGGUCGCCGACAAUGACGUCCAGGGCUUUAGGUACGGUUGCCAGGCUCUGUGGGAUUACAACAUGCGCGAGGAGAUGAAAGGUUCCAGCGUUCCUGGUCUUUUGGUCGUCGGAGAAGGAGAUGGAAAGGGGGCCUUGGUAAAGGCCAUGGAAGGGUUCAAGGCCGGUGUUGGCGAGAAAGGGCUCGACCUGAACAUUGUCCCCGAGGCCGGGCAUUUGCCCAUGUGUGAGAAUCCCCAGGGGUUCUGGGAUGCCGUUAAAGGGUUUUUAUAG